AUGCGUUUCUCCACCGCUCUCUUUGCUCUCCCCGCCUUCGCCGCCUCGGUCCUUGCCCAGACUCAGGACCACCAGGUCAUGGUCGGCCAGUCUGGCUUGAGCUUCACGCCCUCGUCCGUCACUGCGGCUGCCGGUGACACCGUCACGUUCGUCUUCUUCCCGAAGAACCACACCGUCACCCAGUCGACCUUCGCCGCACCCUGCACGAAGAUGGCUGGUGGCAUUGCCUCGGGCUUCCAGCCCGUGACUGCCGACCAGACCUCGGUGCCGGCGAUGACGAUCACCGUGAACGACACGACCCCGCUCUGGUUCUACUGCGGCCAGCAGUCCCCCGUCUCGCACUGCGGUAUGGGCAUGGUGUUCGCUGUCAACCCCACCGCUGAGAAGUCGUUCGAGUCCUUCCAGACUGCUGCCAACGCGACGCUCGCCGCAACCAGCUCCACCAACACCACGACCUCUGGCACGACCGCCAGCUCCGGCACUGCUGCCGCUGGUGCGUCGGGUACCGCCUCGGCCGGUGUUGCCGCUGCGUCCCCGAGCGCGUCCACCACCUCGACGACGGGCGCCAACGCGUCCGGCGCGAUGUCCCUUGGCGCGCACGCCGGUGCGAUCCUCGCCACCGUCGGCCUCGCGUUCGGCAUGCUUCUCUAA